GUUGCUUGUGUCAGUGCGGCUCUCAGCUGUAGUCCAAGUCCGCUCUGAGUGUGUUCCCGUCGGGCCCAGCAAUCCCCUCCCUCCGCUGAGCUCUACCGGUGCUUCCGCUUGCUGCGCCCCGUACCCACCGGGUCAAUGAGCCGCUCUGUUCGCCCAGCGCCGUGCCCGGGCCAAUGGACACCAACGAUCUGUUCAGCAGCUGCAGGAAGGGAGACAUCUUCAGAGUGCGACACCUUGUGGAGCAGAGAGACGUGGAACUGAAUGUCCGAGACAAGUGGGACAGUACUCCAUUAUACUACGCCUGUCUUUGUGGACAUGAAGAACUCGUGCGUUAUCUUUUAGCCAACGGCGCAAAGUGUGAAGUGAACACUUUUGACGGCGAGCGCUGUCUGUACGGAGCCUUGAGUGACGCCAUCCGCCGGCUGCUGAAAGAAUACAAGCAGAUAACGGCCAAGUGCAUGCAGAGGGAUUAUUACGAUGACUUCCUCCAGAGACUCUUGGAACAGGGCUCGUACAGCGAUACGGUAUUCCUCGUGCACGGCGAGUCGUUCUGCGCCCACCGAUGCAUUCUCAGCGCGCGCAGCCCAUACUUCGCCGAAAUGUUCGAGACCAAGUGGAAGGGCAAGAAAGUUAUUGCGUUGAAGCACCCGCUGAUUAACCCAGCUGCCUUCGCCUCUAUUCUGCAGUAUCUAUACACAGGCCGGAUGGACAUUGAUGUGGAGCAUGUCGAAGACUGCAAGAGGUUGGCCAAGCAGUGCCGCCUGCAGGACCUCAUUGAGGAGCUGGAGGAGAAGUGUAAGAAGGUUUAUGAGUUUGUAUCGUCCAAACCGGGGACAUGCGUAAAGGUCCUGACCGUGGAACCGGCCGGAAACUGUCGUCUGCAGGAGGAUUUGGCGAUUCUCGCGGAUUGUGCCUUGCCGUCUGAACUUCGGGUUGGGUUCGGGGAGCUCCCCUUCGACAGUACAGACAAUUUCAGCAGUUAUCCCGAUGUGUGCUUCCAGAUUGAAGACUACAAUUUUCUGUGUCACAAAUCUUUUUUCUGCGGCCGGAGCGAUUACUUCAAAGCCCUGCUGGAGGAUCAUUUCAGCGAGAGCCAAGAGCUGCAGGCGCAGCCCAGCAUCCCGGCCAUCAAGCUUCACAACAUCACAGAGGAGACGUUUCUGCGAGUUUUGUACUAUAUAUACAGCGAUGACACCGAGCUGUCGCCUGAGAACGCGUACGAGGUGCUGUGCGUGGCCGACAUGUACCUGCUGCCUGGGUUAAAGCGCCUGUGCGGGAAGACGCUGGCGCAGAUGUUAGAUGAAGACAGUGUUAUCGGCAUCUGGAAGGUGGCAAAGCUCUUCCAGCUGACGCGGCUGGAGGAUCAGAGCACGGAGUACAUGGCGCGCGUGAUCGAGAAGCUCGUUGAUAACGAAGAGUUUGCUGCUGCGGUGCGGGAGGAUGCGGCGGCCGUAGAAAUGCGUCAGGAGACGGACUCCAUACCUCUGAUCGAUGACAUCCGUUUCCACAUCACAAGCAACGUGCAGACCUACAGCGCUAUAGAGGAGGCUAACCAGAGACUCGAUGCCUUAGAGAGGCUGCUGGCCAAUUUGGGGCUAGAUUGCUAAACCCGAUGUGCUCCGAUACACUGGGGAAUAGGGGGUUUUACAUGGUCGUUGGGUAUUUAACAGCAACACACACGCUAACAACAAAAUGAAUUGUCCCCCUGAGCCUCCAAGCUCUUCGCGGUUGGGUCCUGGAGCCGUAUCUAAUGAAUACGUCUGCUUCUCGCAUCUAACAGUGAGCUUUAGCGAGCGCGUAGACGCUAGAGAUCGGCAUGCCGAGAUGUGACUAUAACUCCUAUCACAACAACCCACCCUACUAUUGUCUUUGGAUGAUAGGACCUGCCAUUCACCACAUGGAAUACCUCGUUUAAAAAGAAAA